UUGUGACAGGCCUCGACCCAGCCACGGGACACCACAGUGGUCAGAAUUCAUGUUAAUAGCAAACAAUGGAGCCACACAAUUAAUGAGAUAAUUAUUGGCACUGAGAAGAAUCUGGCACUGUAAAAGUGAGAAAUAUUUUUAAAUAGGACUUUCUAAUACACAUAUAUAUUUUUUUAUGUAUUUCAAUAUUGCAUUCAGCAAACAACUUAUAAAUAACUUAAGGACCAUCUUAAAUGCAUUCCCAUUAAAUUUUUAUCGACACUGUAAUAUAAGCCACUACCUGCCAUGAAUCACAAAUAACCUUGAGCUCUCACUCUCUUUUCAUCCCUGUCCUGUCAGUACUGUGUUUACACUGUACAGUCUCUAUUUCAUGCUCACAGAAAGCAAUCGUUUGUGACUGGGGCAGCCUCCUCUGUCCCCAUAUCCAGCCUGGCUAUAAUUUUGUUGUCAUUCGAUGUGCGGUGAUCCAGUCAUUGAUGUGACAGUCCGGGCAUUAGGUAAAGUCCCUGGGCUGGUGCUCACUUACAGCAGCCUCCUCUUCGUGCUACUGGCAGUGAUUAGAUUAGAUUUGGGUGGCAAACAUGUUCCUUUACUACUAGAGUUUGAAACAAAGCUACCUUUUUUGUUUUAAGUAACUGUUCAUGCUUAAUCUUUGAUUUGCAAUAAAUAAAGUGCCAAUGUGACCUUCUUAGCUUGGUUGCUUAAGCACAGCUGAGUAAAGUGGCUCAUGAAGCCUGCUGGCACUGUGCCACAGGCAGAUGUGGAGAGGUUUAGUGGACAUGUCUGGUUCUGCAAGGCUGAUAAGAGGAUCUGACAUUUGGCUUGUUCAUAUAGCAGGUUAUUGGCAUCUUGCGGCUGAUCAAUGCCAACAUGAUUGCUCCAGGAGGUGAACCCAAAGCGAACACCUCCCCGCCUGAGGUCACUCACUCAAGCUGUUCACAAUGGUGACACAUUAGAGGUUCUUUGAUUAUCACUGGAAAACUGAGGUUUCAUUUACUGCUCCAAGUUGGAUCCAUUGACACUGUAGUUAUUAGAUUAGGACCUCAUUACAACACAGUAGGCUGUGCCCAUUAUGAAACACUCCAUACAAUUGUACAGCCCGUUCAACUCCAUUUGCUUUACUUUGUUCUUAUGGAACUGAUUAGAAAAUAGAUGCUUAGAAAGAGGUUACUAUACCAAUACUCAGAUUGUGAAACAGAAUUAAUAGAUAUCACAAACACAUCAUUCGAAGCACAAUGCAUCGUUCGGACAAAUUAGAGUAAUGGGCAUGCGGCAGAGAAACACAUCACCUGUGUGUGUGGGUCAGUGGCGUGUGUUUAUGCCCACCUGAGGAUGCAAAAGCUGUGUAUUCCACACAAUGACGCCCUGAGGGACACAGCGCUGGCCUAUAGCAUUGAUAAUCACCCUCCAGGCCCUUUCUCUGCGGUUAUGGCCACUGGCUGAGUUAAUAAGUGCAAAGUACAAGAUAGGAAAGGGGAGGGUGUAAAGGGGGUGUCCAUUGCACAACAAAAGAAGGGGAGGUCAAUAACAGGUUGGAAGAAAAACAACUUCUUUAAGGCAAGACAUGCAUGCUAGGUGAGUCAACAAUAAAGCCUGCAGAAGCAAUAAGGCUUAAGUCUGGUUAAAGGCUUAUUAGAGAGAGAGAGAGAGAGAGAGAGAGAGCAGAGCAGAGGGAAUAAUGAGGAGGAGAAGAAGAUAGCCGCUCGUGUUCAGCUGCUUAGGCGCAUGCAGGCAAGCCUGUGCUUGCACGUUCCUGGAGAAUAGAUUGCUGGACCCAGUUGCCCUUUUCUAAUGACCCUUCUUGUUAGCCUCGGAAACGGAAAGCCUGUUCAUUAGAAGUGCAGGUCCGCUCACCUCGGCGCGCAUCCCCGCGUUCACACUCACCCGAGCUGUUUUACACUCAUAACUGCGCGCGCAUUCGGGUUAAAAAUGAAACCAUUUCCCUGCAGCCCAGGUUCCAUCCUGCCUGUGGGGUAAAUUACAACACUAGCCUAUGUUUUAACAAAAAAAAGAUAUGCUAACUGCUCAUGGAAACGCACUGGGCGCUUCAAAUGAGCAUGCACAUAAUAGGAUUGGAUGUCCUGAGAUUGGAAAGGACAGAGAAAAUGAAAAAUAAUGCCAGAAAAUCUGGAAACUCAUGACAUAAGCACCUGUUAAUGAGAGGUAGCUGCCUAUAGCCACUAUUCCCCAUCAGAGAGGCGACAGCUAUUUAUUGGGAAUUCAAAAAUGUUAUGAGGCAGAAGACCAUUUUGGGUCAUCCAUCAAGCAGGGACACUGUGAGGAAGACUGCUCGAAAAAGAAAACUUCUCAAAACAAAAGCUUCCCCUCCCCCUCCACUGUGGAUGAAAAAUAAAAUCAAAUAAAAUAAAAAUUUCCAAAGUGAAAUAUUUCUAAAAAUCGCCCUUCGUUUUGUAUAAGCUAUUUGUCUGUAAGUUAUUGUUUCUGAGUUAUCCCCAUCAAGUUAUGGAGAAAAUUUCCUCUUGAAAUGUCAAUGGAUGGAAAUUACAAUGGAGCUUUAAAAUUGUACAAUAUUAGGCUACUGUAUGCAUCACUGAUGUGUACAUGCUGAAGCAAAAAAAAAAAAAAAAAGAUAGUAAUGCUGUAUUAUUAUUAUUAUUAUUAUUAUUAUUAUUAUUAUUAUUAUUAUUGUUUUGGAGUGUGCAUACAUGGUGUCCACUCCAGUGUCUAACCUGAAGUAGCCCACUCAGAUAAAUUAUUGAUUUCCUUUGGGACUAAUAUAUAAAGGAAGCUGGUGAUUUCACACCACAUCACAACAUGUUCUAGGAGAUGAAAAGCAUCGCCUGGUAUUUUAAUGAAACAUCGUUUGUUUACUUUUACAACCUUAACGAAGAGAACAAAUGCGUUAUAAAACAAAACCAGUCAUCAUCUCUCAUAAUAUUGUACGUCUAUGAAGUAUAAAUAUUAAUGGUCAGUAAUUACUGACUUUUGGCAGUGGAAAUGGUUUUGAUUGUUACCAUGAUAUUGCAGUUGUAAUGAUUUUGGCGUUUCAAACUAUUGUCUUUUGCAGUAGCUAAAAUUACACCAGUCCCAGUUUUCACAAGUUUCAGUGUACAAACAUCACUGGCCACAAGAAGCGAAUACACUGUGGCGUGAAGGGCCUCCUUGAUUAUCCUAAUUAAGUUCUGUCUAAUUAAAUUACUGUCACGUGUUAACCAAUAGCAAAAGUCGAUUCAUUAACGAUGCAGGCGGCAGGAAUGAAAAGCGAAAGCCCCCUCGAUUGCAAAGGUAGUGUCAACUGGCUGAUUUGCUUUCUUGCGCAAAGUAGCUCCGACCGCGGGAAGGCGUUUUUUCUCUCUCCUUUUCUCUCUCUCUCUCUCUCUCUCUCUAUCUCUCUCUCUUUCCCGGGUUGACUUCUCGAGGCGUUCAGCCUGCGCUCUCACGUCGUACGCGUUAAUUGCCGCUUGCCGUCGUCGAGAGCUAUGCAGCUCGAGCACUGCAUCUCACCAGCUCUUGCGCUCUCCAAGAAAUGUCUGAGUGGCUACCCAAACUCCGAGGGUUCUGAUCUCGCCUUGCACGGCCAUCCUAUUACAUCUGCUCGUGACAACCUGGAGAGGAGUUCACCUCUGAAAAAAAACUCCUCUGGGAUGACGAAUCAGUCAGAGGCGGACAAUUUUGCCGACUCUAAGGACUCGUCAGGAGACGUGCAGAGAGGCAAACUCUCUCCUGCGCUCGACGGAGGAGUCACUGAUAUUCGUCACAACUUCGAUGGAUCUGCUGGAGAAAGGUAUCUCCUGUCACAGUCCAGUCAAACUCAGCCUCUGUCCGCCAGCCCUGCCGCCAUGUUCCCCUACCCGAGCCAGCACGGACCAGCGCACCCGGCCUUCUCCAUCGGAAGCCCGAGCCGCUACAUGGCGCAUCAUCCGGUCAUAACGAACGGAGCUUAUAACACUUUACUGAGUAACACUUCUCCACAGGGCUACCCGAGUGCCGGCUACCCGUACGCUCAGCAGUACGGCCACGCGUACCAGGGCGCCGCUUUCUACCAGUUCAGCUCAGCACAGGCCGGACUGCUCCCCGGCAAAGCGCAAAUCUACCUGUGCAACAGGGCGCUAUGGCUCAAGUUUCAUCGCCAUCAGACCGAGAUGAUUAUCACCAAGCAAGGGCGGCGAAUGUUCCCGUUUUUAAGUUUCAACAUAUCCGGCCUGGACCCCACAGCUCACUACAACAUUUUUGUUGAUGUGAUUCUGGCGGAUGCGAACCACUGGCGCUUUCAGGGAGGGAAAUGGGUUCCAUGCGGUAAAGCGGAUACCAAUGUGACAGGGAACAGAGUGUACAUGCACCCAGAUUCUCCCAACACGGGCGCACACUGGAUGCGCCAAGAGAUUUCGUUUGGAAAACUGAAGUUAACAAACAACAAAGGAGCCUCGAACAACACAGGACAGAUGGUGGUGCUUCAGUCUCUGCAUAAAUAUCAGCCGCGGCUUCACGUGGUGCAGGUGAACGAAGACGGAACGGAGGACACGAGCCAACCGGGCCGCGUGCAGACCUUCACCUUCCCCGAAACUCAGUUCAUCGCUGUCACAGCCUAUCAAAAUACCGAUAUUACACAGCUAAAAAUUGACCACAAUCCAUUUGCAAAAGGAUUCCGGGACAAUUAUGACACCGUCUACACAGGUUGCGACAUUGAUCGCUUGACGCCGUCCCCGGGUGAGUCUCCGCGCUCUCAGCUCAUGCCGAGUGCGCGCUAUGCCGCCAUGCCGGGCUCCUUCCUGCAGGACCAGUUUGUCAGCUCGUAUGCCAAGUCCCGUUUUCACCCUGGCGUCGGUGGCGCUCCUGGCACGGACCGCGGCGUCCCGCUCGGCAACAGCUUGCUUUCGCCGCAGCAAACCGACGAGACCGCGGUGGGCUCCCCGCAGCGCUGGUUCGUCACCCCGGCCAACAACCGACUGGACUUCGCCGCCUCGGCGUACGACGCUGCCGCUGCGGCCGAUCUCGCGGGCAACGCGGCCACGCUGCUCUCGUACGCGGCCGCCGGAGUCAAAACUCUCCCAUUGCCCGCGGCCGGCUGCUCCAACCGAGCCCUGGGCUACUACGGCGAGGCGACGGCGUGGGGCGCGCGCACUCCGCCUCAGUACUGCGGUAAAUCCGGUGCUAUGCUCCCCUGUUGGCCCUCCAACUCAGUCCCGGGUCGGACAGCGGCUGCAGGUUACCUGGUGGGUCUGGACGAGGGUGACCCUGCUGCGCCCGAGAGAUCCCCGCUGGGCACAAACGACGACGCCAAACCCAAGGACCUGUCCGAGUCCAGCUGGAUAGAGACGCCCUCCUCAAUUAAGUCCAUCGAUUCGAGCGAUUCGGGCAUUUUCGAGCAAGCCAAGCGGAGGCGGAUCUCUCCAUCUGCCACGCCGGUUUCGGAAACAGCAUCGCCGUUAAAAUCCGAAAUGCUGACGCCCAGGGAGUGCGAGAAGAACUGCUCCAAGGACAUUGGCUACUACAGCUUCUAUUCACACAGUUAGACACUGGAACCGGUCAUAACGCAGAUCAUGGCUCCUGCCACGAAUAAGUUCAAAGAAUCCGAUUCAUAUUUAUCUAUUUAUUCAUAUUUUAUUUUGGCUAUUUAUUUAUUUAUUAAUUAAUUAAUUUAUUUAUUUGUGCAUUUAUUUGUAUAUCUAGAUCUACGCGGCCUAUCAUUCAUUUUUUUAAACUUAGUAACAGGUUUAUAAUUUACUUUGUUUGUUUGCCUUUGAUGAUAACACCACUGUAACUAAAUAAUGUAUAUAGCUGUGUAGACACCAGUGAGUUCCCAUUACCUGUUGAUGUACAGGAUGUAAAAGGACAGAACUAACUAUUAGAGUCUCGGUGCGAUGUUUUUUUUUUGUUUGUUUGUUUUUUUAGAGGAAAUCAGGCUGUUUUAUCUUGGAAAUGCUUUAGGGUGGAAGAGAAGUGGGAAUGCCCAGUCUCCUACAGAAACACUAGGAGAGGGACCACUCAGAGUUCCAGACAUUCAGUAGUUCAGUGUUAAUAGACACCAAAACAGAGCUGUAUUGCAUUGUAUUGCUGUUGUUUGGAAAUAUAUUAGUCUGUAGUUUAAUUGUUGCUCUCUACGUGAGAUCUUUUUGUACUUUGUUGUAACGCUGUUGGUAGGCCGCUCAUCAUGAAAACAAAUAAUUUUAUGAUAUUUAAAUUCAUGGUAUAAAGGGGAAAAAAACAGUAAAUUAUUUGUACAGGGCAUAGACCAUUUCUUAGACGCGACGUUAUUUGACCAUGUUCCGACAUUUUUUGUGAUAUUAUUAUUAUUAUUAUUAUUAUUAUUAUUAUUAUUAUUUCAUAAUUCCCAAGACGCGUCAGUUAGGCCUGCUAAUGAAAAGCUAAUGUAAUUGUGCUGUGCUUCUUUGCAAUAAAUACAAGCGCCUAAACUUCUAAUCAAGGUUCAAAUGUGCCUAAAAAUGUAGGUUAUUCUGAUAUGUUAUCAGGUUUGGCGCCAGGACCAUGUGUUUUAGAGGAGUACGCAUCCAUCUGU